AUGUCCUCACACAGACCAGCAUGUCUUCAUUCUCACACAGAUCAGCAUGUCCUCAUUCUCACACAUAUCAGCAUGUCCUCAUUCUCACACAGAUCAGCAUGUCCUCAUUCUCACACAGAUCAGCAUGUCCUCAUUCUCACACAGACCAGCAUGUCCUCAUUCUCACACAGACCAGCAUGUCCUCAUUCUCACACAGAUCAGCAUGUCCUCAUUCUCACACAGAUCAGCAUGUCCUCAUUCUCACACAGAUCAGCAUGUCCUCAUUCUCACACAGAUCAGCAUGUCCUCACACAGACCAGCAUGUCCUCACACAGACCAGCAUGUUCUCAUUCUCACACAGACCAGCAUGUCCUCAUUCUCACACAGAUCAGCAUGUCCUCAUUCUCACACAGACCAGCAUGUCCUCAUUCUCACACAGACCAGCAUGUCCUCAUUCUCACACAGAUCAGCAUGUUCUCAUUCUCACACAGAUCAGCAUGUCCUUAUUCUCACACAGACUAG